AUGCACAGCCUUGCUGAGGGCAACCCGCUUUUUCUCAUAGGUUUCGGCAUACUAUCAGCUGUUUGCUCCGAAGGCUUUUUCGUCCUCAGAACAUGCGCGCUCUGGAACAACAAUAGAAUAUUGCUCGCAGCCAUGCUGGUUACCGUUCUCAGUUUUAUCGGAGCAUCCAUCGGCAUUGUCUUCACCACUACUGCUCCCGCAGCAUAUGCGACUAGCACGAUCCCGGGCAUCACAGGGUGCUACCAGAGUUCGACUAGUUUCCGGCUCUUCAUACCGUUUCUCCUCCUUGCCGUGUUCGAACUGGGGCUCAUGACCCUCACGCUCAUACGCGCCAUACAGAGCUGGCGGAUAAACCCAAGCCGUUUGUAUGUUGUCCUGGUGAGACAUAACAUAUUUUAUUAUAUAUGUGGUUUUUUGGCGAACGUAUUCACAUCGCUACUCCUCCAUUACUCCUACCACGCCAUAUUGCACGAUUUCCAGUUCAUGAUCCUUGCGAUUCUCGCCACGCGCAUGCACCGCCAUCUCUGGCAGAUGAAACAACAGACACAUGGUUCUGACGCCUUUAAGCAAAUUCCUAUGUCCGACGUGUCACCCUCUGAGUGUACGGCGUGAUACCUUACCCGGUGGCUUACUCCACGUCGUUCGUCGAGCAAGGUGUGUAUUGUACGAGAUGACUGGUGGGUUUGGUAGAGUUCGCCAGACGCUUAACUUAUGGGACUACUUUUUGGGUGGGAGAUGCGUUUAGUUCUAUUUAACAUCCUGAGUGUCGAGUUCUCAGUGUGAGCGGCGGUGGACGAAUGGAUGAAAUCAGGACUCAGGAUUGAACAUACUCGAGCGAGAAGGAUUAUGAUGCCGGCUCACUAAACCACUCACAUCUUAAGCGCUGUAUAGAUGAUGCUUGGAUCCUGGGCGCCAAUUUCAUCAUCGAACAUGUGAAGGAUUA